AUGUCGACCAUGGAAAGCUUGAAGAAUGAUUUUGUUGAGGGGCAGCUUCUGGAUGGUCGUUUCCGCACUGUCGCCCCACUCAAUCAUGGGUCAUUUGGCAUGGUUUUCCUUGCCAAUGACACCAAGACUGGUGAGGAUGUCGCUAUCAAGCGCCUCAUCAAGGCCUCUGCUGCGGACUCUUCCGUCUACCUACCCGAGGAUCGGUUUGAAGAACUUGAAUGUCACCGUCGAUUCGGCUUCCACCCGAAUCUGGUCAACUUGAUUCAUUCCUUCGACACCGAAUCUCAUACCUAUCUCGUCCUGGAGUACUGUGCCAAUGGUGAUCUAUAUGAGGCCAUUCGUCUGAACCGGGGUCCAUUGGAAACCGAACAUGUUCGGGACUUCAUGCUGCAGCUGAUUAGCGCCGUCGAAUUCAUGCACGCCAAUGGCUUGUACCACCGUGACAUCAAGCCGGAGAAUAUCUUCCUGACACAGGACGGUGCCAUGAAGCUCGGUGACUUUGGCCUUGCCACUCAGGAAGCUUGGUGUCACGAAGCCUGCGUCGGCAGUGACCGCUAUAUGGCCCCCGAGCAAUACGAACCCUCCACGACAGGCUACUCCCCAGCCAAGGCCGACAUCUGGUCUCUGGGUAUCUGUCUGUUGAACAUUCUUUUUGCUCGGAAUCCAUUUGUCACUCCUACCGAGUCGGAUGUGCUAUUCGCGGACUAUGUGCGCGAUCGCCAGUCUCUCUUCGAUAUUUUCCCCAACAUGUCACAGGAUACUUACGAGAUCUUGACCCAUGCCAUGACUAUCGACCCUGAGAAGCGUUCCUUGGAAGGUGUACGUGAGGGCAUCCUGCGGGCUGUCUCCUUCACUACCGACGAUGAGGCUCUUGAUGACUUCUGCACCGAGGAUCGUGAGGUGGUCGCAGCCAGCGCCAACCGCGAGCCUCUCCGCACUCCAUCCAUCCAGAGCCCCUACGUCAAUCAGGGAGAUUCCUUCCCUUGGGCCAAGGCACUCCAGACCAGUCCUCCCCAGGCCAUUCGCCAGCUGUCUGCCAUCCCGGACAACGAGAGCUACACCGAGGAUCUUUUCCCCCCCAUCCGAAGUUGCGGGAACCUCAUGCGCCAGGUGCCCUUCCUCCCUCGCUCAGACCCGGUACCCAUUACUGGAUCUCUACCUUCUCAUGCUACCAAGCCUCUGCCAUCUUUGUCUAUGGUCUUUGGUAAGAACAAGAGCUCGGAGCAGAUCUCCAAGAGUUGGUGUGAUAUGUGGGAGGAGGACGAAUCCGAAAGCGAGGACCUUGCCAUGUUGCAACGCCGGGAGCAGAACUCUCGCAGCUGGAGCCAAGAGAGCAAGGGAGCUGCCAUCCCGGGAUUGCGCGAGCAGGACUCCGCUUCCCUCACUCAACGCUCUCAUGUCCCAGAAUCUGGCUUGAGUAAGGAACUCCGUGAGAUGCGGGGAGAGUCUCUGGAUAUAGACAGCGAUUCAAGUACAUCCAGCAGCACCCCGCGCCCCAUGCGCAACUCGCCCCCUCAAGCCGACAAAUGGUCUCGCCUCGGUGAUGUUCGCCGUAACUACAAGCCUGAUGAGCGUCGCAAUGUCAAGUCUCGUGAGGUCUUCGGCCCCAAGAGAGCCACUGCCUCUCAAACUCGUCGACAUGAUUGGGGCCACGGUUCUUCCGGUUACCGCCAUGGACCUCAGACAAAGCGCGAAUCCUCUUCUGAAGCUCGUCGCCGACAGCUGUUUGAAAAGGACUGGCGCCGCCAUGGGCCUAAGCCUGCUCACACCAAUGCAUACGACGGUACGGUCGACGACGAUCUCGACCUCGUUGGCGGAUGGCUCGAGACUGACUUCUAA